AUGCUGUGCAUUUUAGGUGAAAAAGUUGCUGAUGAAAGUGCCCCGCUUGUUGUUGCGGAACUCACAAUCGAAUGCAGAAGAAUUGCCAGUCCAGGAGUUUCAGUUGUUGUCGCAGCCAAGGCCCGAGCAGUCGUCAUCACCGCAGCGCGAAUCGGUUCUGCCCAAAAAACCAGAGCCAAAAGAAAAGCCGUGGGCACCGACUGUGCAAGCUUCGUCUAA